UUAUAAAAAUGGGGUUAUUAUCAAUUUUGCGAAAAAUUCGUCAGAAGGAAAAGGAGAUGAGGUUACUGGUGCUGUGAGUAAAACAACGACUUUUGGUCUAGACAACGCUGGUAAAACUACUAUAAUAAAGCGAUUAAAUGGUGAAGAAAUUGAUACUAUUUCGCCUACUUUAGGUUUUGAUAUUAAGACUUUAGAACACAAAGGAUUCAAAUUACACGUAUUUGAUGUUGGUGGACAAAAAUCUAUUAGAUCAUAUUGGCGGAAUUAUUUUGAACAAACUGAUGGUGUAAUUUGGGUCGUAGAUAGUGCUGAUAGGAUGAGAUUGGAAGAUACAAAAAAUGAAUUGAAGGCCUUAUUACAAGAAGAACGAUUAGCAGGAGCUUCACUAUUGAUUUUUGCAAAUAAACAAGAUCUCCCAGGAGCUUUAACCGAUGACCAAAUACGCGAGGGACUUGAACUUGAUUCUAUCUUAACACAUCAUUGGGCUAUUCAAGCUUGUAGUGCUGUAACGGGAGAAAAUUUACUUCUUGGAAUGGAUUGGAUUGUCGAUGAUAUAUCAUCUAGAAUUUUUUUAUUCGAUUAA